CCACCCCGCUGGGGCGGGAGGAACCGGCCCAUCAACGUGAACCAUUACGCCAACAAGAAGAGCGCGGCUGAAAGCAUGUUGGACAUAGCUCUGCUGAUGGCCAACGCGUCCCAGCUGAAGGCUGUGGUUGAGCAGGGCCCUGCCUUCGCCUUCUUUGUGCCCCUGGUGGUCCUCAUCUCCAUCUCCCUGGCGCUGCAGAUCGGCGUGGGGGUGCUGCUCAUCUUUCUCG